AUGUCUCUUCUGCCAUUCCUGUUCGACUACGAGAUCGAGCGUCCCCGCCGGUUGAUGGACCAGCACUUCGGGCUGGCGCUGACUCCCCAGGACUUCCUCGCCAUGGCCGCCCCGGCGCCGCAGCUGUCCCGCGACUACUACCGGCCCUGGAGACACAUGGCGGCCGCGCUGCGAGACGUCGGCUCCAACAUCAAGGCCGACAAAGACAAAUUCCAAGUCAACCUGGACGUGCAGCACUUCGCCCCUGAAGAAAUCUCUGUCAAGACGGCCGACGGGUACAUCAUCGUCGAAGGCAAACACGAGGAGAAGCAAGACGACCACGGCUUCGUGUCUCGUCAGUUCACGCGGCGGUACGCGCUGCCAGAGGGCUGCCAGGCAGAGACCGUCGAGUCCAGGCUGUCUUCAGACGGAGUGCUCACCAUAGUGGCUCCGCGGAAGGUUCCAGACGCGGUCAAGGGAGAGAGGGCCGUGCCCAUCGCGCAAACCGGCCCGGUACGGAAGGAAAUCAAGGACCAAACCAACGGAGCUGAGAAGUAA